AUGUACCUGAUCACUGUCUUUGGAAACCUGCUCAUCAUUCUGGCUGUCAGGUCAGACCCCCACCUCCACACCCCCAUGUACUUCUUCCUCGCCAACCUGUCCUUUGUAGACAUCUGUUUCACCUCCACCACUGUCCCAAAGAUGCUGCUGAACAUACAGACUCAGGGCAAAGUCAUCACCUAUGCAGGUUGUGUCACACAGAUAUACUUUUUUCUACUCUUUGCAGACUGGGAUGACUUUCUCCUGGCUGUGAUGGCCUAUGACCGUUUUUUGGCUAUCUGUCACCCCUUGCGCUAUACAGUCAUCAUGGAUCCAUGGCUCUGUGGACUGCUGGUUCUGGUGUCAUGGAUCAUGAUUGUCUUCUUAUUUUAUGGUACAAGCCUAGGAGUGUACCUGAGUUCUGCUGCUAACCACAGCUCUCACAAAAGUGCAGUAGCCUCGGUGAUGUACACGGUGGUCACACCCAUGCUGAACCCCUUCAUCUACAGCCUAAGGAACAGAGACAUAAAGAGGGCUCUGAAAAGAAUCACUGGGGUUCCAGUGAUGUAA